AUGUUUCAAGGCAGAGCGUUGGAAUGGUGGUCGAAUGAGAGGAACAUCCGUUCUAAUGAAGAAGCCUAUGCUCUUCCAUGGACCAAGGUGCGUGAACUAAUGAUGCUUAAGUUCUGCCCUCCCCAUGAACAACUGAAGCUUGAAGAAGAGUUUUGGCACUUGAAGCAGAUUGGUGACGAUAAUCUGGCUUAUACUACUCGUUUUAAGCAGCUUAGUUUGAUCGUUCCUCACUUGAAGUCAAGUGGCAGCAAGAACAAGAGGCGAAAGUCUCAGGGUUCCGGAUGCAAUGCUAUUGUUCCUGCUGCAAACCCUGCUACUAAAACUGCUGCUGCUGCUGCUGCUCCAAUCACUGCUGCUCCUGAAGUUAAGAAACAGUACACUGGGUCUCACCCCAAGUGUGCGACUUGCAACUUUCAUCAUCCUGCUAAUUCUGCAUGUCGUCUGUGCACCAACUGCAAUCGCUAUGGUCACACGACUCAGUAUUGCCGUCAAACUAACCCGACCCAGCAAGCUCAACAAGCCCCAGCUCAGGCAGCUUUACCAGCACCUCCAGCUACCCUGCAGAAUCCAAGGCCAAUCAAUGGUGUUUGUGCAUGCUACAAAUGUGGAGAUACUACUCACCUCCGUAACCAGUGUCCUCAGCUGAACCAGGACCAGCAGCUAGCCGCUCGUGGACGAGCGUUCAAUCUCAAUGCUAAUCAGGCUCGUAAUGACAAUGAUGUUGUCAAUGGUACGUUUCUUGUGAAUAACCUUUAUGCUUCAAUUCUAUUCGAUACUGGUGCUGAUAGAAGCUUUGUGUCCGUGGAAUUUGAGUCUUUGAUAAACUGUACACGCUCCAAGUUACCUGAGUCGUUCUCUGUUGAGGUCGCCAACGGCAAGUCGAUUCUUGUUGAUUCUAUUUUGCGUGAUUGUUCCUUGACUCUCAACGAUCACGUCUUUUCUAUUGAUCUAAUACCCAUGCAAUUGGAAUCAUGCCGAGAUUGCUUGUCACGAGAAGUUUGUUCGUCUACCUCUUCCGUCCGGUGA